ACAGCCUCAAUUACAGUAGCACGCUCUGAUCUGGGGUAUACUUGAAAACACAGUCACAUGGUUUGAAAAGAAAAGAAAAAAAGCAAGAGGAGGAGGAAGUGGGGACCGGAUAGCAGCAUGCUUACCUGGCAGAGUUUUAGUCUCACCGUAUCCUCACCGAUGAAUUUACCUGACACUUCUGUGCACUUGGGCACCUAUUGGAGGAACUGACUUGGCCGGUGCGGCCCGCAAAAAGGACAUGACACAGAACGGCACUGUAGCCGGCAAUGGCACUCAAGCUGAUGCUCUCAAAAUUGUGAUCGUCGGAGACGGAGGAUGCGGAAAGACAUCCUUGUUAAUGGUGUACGCCAAAGGAGAUUUCCCAGAGAAAUACGCUCCAUCUGUGUUCGACAAAUAUGUCACCACUGUGUCUUAUGGAGGGAAAGACAUUCAGUUGAAUCUCUACGACACAGCAGGCCAGGAAGACUAUGAUCGCUUGAGGCCUCUGUCGUAUCAAGAAGUAAACCUCGUUAUCAUCUGCUAUGAUGUGACCAAUCCAACGUCAUUCGACAAUGUCACAAUAAAGUGGUACCCAGAAGUCCGUCAUUUCUGCCGUGAUGUCCCCAUUAUCUUGAUAGGGUGCAAAACGGACCUGCGAAAAGACAAAGAGAAGACAAGGAAGCUCAAAGCCUUAGAUAUGGCGCCCAUCACCUACCUCCAGGGUGAAGAGGUCCAGAAGCAAAUGAACGCUGAGGUAUACUUGGAGUGUUCGGCUAAAUAUAGAGAAAACGUUGAGGACAUUUUCAGAGAAGCAACCAAGCGAGCGCUAGCGGCCAGAGCUAAAGCAAGACACCUUCACAAGAAGAAGAAACGCUGCACCAUUCUGUGACCAGUCCUGGAAGAAAUAGAUUUUUUUCAAGUUUUUGUAUAUAUGAAUUGCAAUAUUUUUAAACAUUUUGGAUCCAUCUGCAAAGCUUCUCAGAACUGUUUAAGCUUUCUCGAAGGAAUAUUUUUUAAAGACAUGGGGUGUGCGUUUUCUCACAAUCUUCCCACCAAGCAAGGCUUACUGUAUGACAGAGAUCACCACUGUGCAUGCGAUAAGUUUGUAACAUCCAUGCCACAUCCUUCUGUUGGUGUUACUGAUAUGACUUAAUGGAAUUUUGCCUUCCAUGAUGAUGGAUCCAAUAGGAGAUGGAAAAACUGCUGCUGAUAUCUCAGGGACGACAAAUACAUAUUACAGGAACAUAUUUGAAGUUUGGUUACAGUCUGUGUCGUGCACUGUUGUAUAAUAAUGGUGUACUGUUGUAACGCACAACUAACUCAUGUAACUGCCUUUAUUAUGACACUGGGGUGUAACAUGUUUCUGUUGUGUAAUUCAUUUGAUCUACUUGCGCAAUAGUUACAGUUGAAAUUUUAAACUUUGAAUUACAGUAUUUUGUCAGUCCACGUAUUAUAUAAAGCUUUCAGAAUUUUCUGUACACAAAAAUAGGCCUACUGUGGUAAGUAGGCCUACUGAAAUAAGCCUAAAGGCCCGUUCACACCAAAGACGAUAGCUGUAACGAUAGCGAUAUAGUUUUAAGAAUCGUUAUAAAUAUAAGAAUAACAUAGUCCACACCACAACUAUAACGGCACAGAGAAACGAUAUCGUUGAAUCAUUUUCACAACUAUUUUUCCAGCUGAUGAACGAUAAAAACAUUGACAGCCAAUCAGAAUCCAUUCUGCUUUAAAGAACACGAGUAUUUAAAGUGGCAGGCGACAAACUGCGGCGCACGCGGUUAUUAUCGCUAUAGUUAUUUUUCUUGGUGUGAGCGGGCCUUAACUGUAGACCACCACCAUUUCCAUCAUGUUAAGUAGAAUUUCACUUUUUAUUUCUUUCAGUAUGGGGUUAUUUACUAUCCGUAAUUUGUUCAGAUCUCAUAUAGAUGCCAGAAAGUGUUGAAUCAUUUAUGCUGAAACCAUUUGUCUGUUCCACCCUGUAUGUAGAUUGCACAAUUAAACCUUCAAUUGCCUUUUCGCCUACUGAAGGAAAUUGUGUGUGAACAGGAUAAUGUCACUAUUAAAAUUCUGUAGCUCUUUUA